UUUCCAAACUUCUGCGUUUUAGGUCUUCGUUUUCGUCGUUUCAUUCUGGACGAGAGGUGCAAACGUAGCAAAAGGUCUCCGUUUUAAUUCGAAAACACAGUAGUGUGGAUGGGGCCUUAGUUUUUACCUGUAAGCAAGGAUCAGAUGGACCAUCACGUGAUCAGAGUGUCCCAGUGGAGCGCGUGUGACGGCGUGAUAGGCCCUGCUAACUGUGGUGUAGCAGUGAUCCAAAGUGUUCCCCUCUCUGGUUGGACACGUUAAAAACUGUAUUUGGGGAGUCCAUGGCUGAGGUUUCCUUUGUUAAAGUCAUAGAGAACAAUAAGAAGGGAGUCCAGGUUUGUCUGCUCCACACAGUAUCCGCUGUGCGCCGUGCACGUUGGCGUGCGGCGAGAUGUAAACACCGACCGAGUGAAUGAAGCAAACUCACGUUGGGAGUAAAACGGUUUACAGUUAAUAAGAAAUUCCAGAUCAGGAGAACAGAGCUGCUGAAUCACUGUCACGUCGCUACACCAGCCAUUGUUCAUAUAAAAACAGACACCUCCACCUUUUGUUUCGCCGGAGAGUUGGCCGGCGAAGACGCACAAGUGACCCGGCUCUUUUUCCUCUCCUGCGGCGCUUCACAGUGCGAACGACAGCGAGCGAGCCCUUCACUGAAAUGUCCAAUAAUUCCACUGAUGACGCGAGAAUAGUGGGAAUUAAAUCCGCUGGAGUUGUUCCCCUGAUGUUCAUGAGCUCCUCUCUGGUGAAAGAGCUCCGGGAAUCUCAGCCGAAAACUGAAUUAACACACAAAAACAAAACACAACAAAGCGCACCGAGGCAGCUAUACCCAGCGCCAUCUUACUCACUAAGUACACUAUAUAACAGAUCUAUAAAAUGACUAGAUAGGAUAUUACUGUAACAUAACUAAAGAUAACAUUACUUUAACAUAAGUAACUGGUGUAGAGACAUCACCUCCAUCAUGAGGUGUGAAACGUGAGAACAAAAUCCUGCUGAUUCGUCUGAAAUUGAUCCAGAAUCCCGAAGUGAACUGAUGAACUUGGAAAAGCAGAUUCCUAAAGCCAGAAGUGGUCUCUGCAUUGCUUCUCUUCUCGUCUCUGAGAUUUGAACCAGGUACGAGGUUAAUGACAUCACUUCCUAUGUGUUUCCCUCCAGCUGUCGAUGUGACUCGCCUCCCUCUGACCUUCUGGAGGAAGUCUCCGUUCAUCCAACACUUCCUCUCUUCUCCGCCACCAGUGCGCCAUGGGAUUUGCAGACCUUGUCAUCCCCCUCCUCUCCCUGGUGACAUCAUCGGUGUGUGCUGGAGUGGGCGGGGCCAGUCAAGGCGGCGCUGUGCUGUGUCCUCUGCAGUGCGUGUGUGAGACGAGGCCCUGGUACACCCCGCAGUCUGUGUAUCACCAGGCCAGGACGGUGGACUGUAAUGAACUCCAUCUGCAGAGAAUACCAGCCAACGUUUCAUCGGACACACAGGUGCUGCUGCUGCAGAGUAACAACAUCUCCUCCAUCACGACCGAACUGCAGCGUCUGACCAACCUGACAGAACUGGACCUGUCACAGAACCACUUCACACAGGUGAGCUCUAUGGGUCUCUCCACUCUGGGCCGCCUGGUGACUCUGUACCUGGAGGAGAACCGGAUCGAGGAGCUGGAGGACUUUAGUCUGAGGAACCUGUCCAGUCUGGAGGAGCUCUACAUCAACCACAACCACAUCUCCUCCAUCGGACCCAAGGCCUUUGCUGGGCUCACCAACCUGCUGCGGCUCCACCUGAACUCCAACCGGCUGGUGGCCAUCGACAGUCGCUGGUUUGAGUCUCUGCCGUCCCUGGAGAUCCUGAUGAUCGGGGAGAACCCAAUCCUGGGUCUGGAGGAGAAGAACUUCCUGCCUCUGUCCCGUCUCCACAGCCUGGUGCUGGCCGGGAUGGGACUGGCCUCCGUCCCCUCCGCCGCCUUCCUGGGCCUCGACUACCUGGAGAGCCUCUCCUUCUACGACAACCGGCUCAGGUCUGUUCCUCGGGACGCUCUGAGCAUGCUCCCUAACCUGAAGUUCCUGGACCUGAACAAGAACCCAAUCGGCCGAGUCCAGCAGGGAGAUUUCCAGAACCUUCAGCACCUGGAAGAGCUCAGUCUGAACAACAUGGAGGAGCUGCUGAUGGUGGAGCGAGCUGCUUUCCAAAACCUUCCAGAAAUCGCCAAACUGGAGCUCUGCAACAACCCCCGACUGUCCUACAUCGACCCGCAGGCCUUCAGUGACCUGUCCUCCCUCCGGACUCUCCUCCUCCACAGUAACCAGCUCAGCCUCCUCUCUGGAGACCUCCUCUCCUCCCUGCCCUCCCUGGAGGAGGUGUCUCUUCACUCCAACCCCCUGCGGUGUGACUGUCUCUCCUCCUGGGGGCCUCACCUCGGCAACCAAUCACAUCUCAAGAUGCUGGAGUCCUCCAUCACCCUUUGCUCCACCCCGCAUCACCUGAUCGGUCGGGAGCUGCAGGAAGUGGUGGCGGUCGCAUGGGGCGGGCCCGGCGGGGGCGGGGCCAACAGCUGCCUGCCUCACAUCUCUCCUCACGCCUUCCCACCUGCCAUGAACGUCAGCGCCGGGCAGCCAAUCACACUGGAGUGCUGGGCGGACGCUGACCCCGCCCCCCAGUUCUACUGGGUGACGCCCACUGGAGACAAGGUGAGCUCAGAGGCGGUGGCUGCACCAAUCAUAUCAGGGGAGGGGCGUGGCCUAAUCAGGAAGAAGAAGAAGCAUCGCGUGUCGGAACCCGGAGCGUUGGUGAUCGAACACGCGGAGCCGUCAGACGCAGGUGUUUAUACCUGUGUAGCGUGGAACAUGGAGGGAGCGGACACGAAGAGCGUCUCAGUGAUCGUGGACUCUCAGGGGUCUGCGGGGUCGCGGUCUGUCGGGGGGAGCUGGUGGGACGCUGAGCCCAGCAGAGAGCAGCCCUGGCUGGGGAACUCUGCCGGCGCUGCAGCCUCUCUGGUGCUGCUGGCAAAGGUGGUUCACGCCCAGUCGGUGGUGUUGGAGUGGAAGUUGUAUCCCAGCAGAGGAUCUUCGUCUGUGGGUCAGGACGCCCCCCUACCUCUGCCCCGGUGGACCAGCGCCACUGUGCACAUAGAAAACCCUCAGAUCAGCUACACGGCCAAGGUGAACACCUGA